AGAGAGAUGUAGUAGAUAAAGGGAGGGGGGGGGUCUCGUGUGCACCUUCUCUUUGUCUGGGAGAGGUGUGCGGGUUGCGUGGGACUCGAACGAACGAAAGAAAGACAGAAAGAACAAAGAACAAAAGUGGCUUCGGGGAGAAAUUUCUUAAAAAGAGCUUCAAAUCUGUUUGGGAUUUUUUUUUUUUUUUUUUACUCAAGAGGAAGUUUCGUGAUUUGACAUUUCUGGAGAACAUUUUGGAACAUUGAAAAACACCGGCAGAUUCCUCCGCUGCUGAUGCUCAAUUCCAGACAACUCAGAUGAGAAAAAGUCAACAGUCUUCUUUUUACGUCUUUGAUUUAGUUCUUACUGUUUUCGAGGGACUUCUAAAGCUGCAACAACCGGAAAGGUUUCUCAUGUUGACUUUGUUGUAAUUGUGGUUAUUCUAUUGAAAUAUAUAGAUUUAUUCAACCAAUAUACCCUGGACUUACACUACUUUAGUUUAAUAAAUAAGAGUGUAAACCGUUGAGGUGCAAUGCUGAAAAAUUUCUCAAAUUCUCCUAAUUAUUCAACGUUGAAUAUCUCCGGCUUGUACUUCUCGGUCCGGCCAGAGAGCGACUGAGAGGGGAAAAAAAGACUCAAAUCCUCCUUUAGAAAACCCCAAAGGAAAGUAACCCCUCGCUACCUGUUGAUCGGCAGCCAUUUUGACCUCCGGACCCAAAACCAGAGAGCGACAAGACGGAAAAGAUGGCACCGAAAGUAGGAGGAAAGGAGCAGUGGCGCGUCAAAACCGGCGACCACCCGGGGGCCAAAGCCGUGCCGGGGGCCCCGGCCGCAGGUGGAGGAGUGGUGGUGGAGGUCCGGGAGAAGAAGGGACCUCUGCGGGCCGCGAUACCCACGAUGCCCUUCCCUCUGGCCGUCAUCUGUCUGUUCCUGAACACCUUCGUACCGGGACUCGGUACCUUCAUCUCGGCCUUCGCGGUGCUGUGCGGCGCUCGCAGCGAGCUGAUCUCGGAGCGAGGGGUUUGCUGCGUGUUCUGGCUCAACGUGGCGGCGGCCCUCAUCCAGAUCCUGACGGCCGUGGUGAUGGUCGGGUGGAUCAUGAGCAUCUUCUGGGGAAUGGACAUGGUCAUCCUGGCAAGUCAGUGGCCGUCCAUUUGGGGGGGGGUGGGGGGAGGGGAUUUUAGUGCAGCCCGUCCUCUGCCUGGCGCAGGUUGGUUCGAGGCCUUCUGCCUGGUGACGGGUGGGAUGAGACGACAACAACAACAACAACAAACAAAGACGCUGCAAAAACACACAAACGGACAAACAGCUAAACACGUUGCGUCUGUGAGGCGGUUCACGGGUGUCACAGAGCUCUGCUUCUGAACUAAAACUAUCAAAAGACACAAACGAUCUUACUGCGUUAGAACUAUGACAUUUUUAAGCUUUUUCAGUAUUAACCAACAGGCAUGGGACAGGUUGAGAUAAAACGUUUAGAUGUUGCCACGAAAGAAGAAAAACUCGAACUAGAAUAGUGAACAUCGUAAAUAUUCUCCUUAGAUUUUUCUCAGAUGUUAACAAAAAAAAAAAAAAAGAGAAAAGAAAGAGAGAAAAAAAAGCAGUUGGGACGGCGAUGGGAGGAAUAAUUUUACCUCCUUCUCUGUCAGAAAGCACUGUGUUCUCCUCCGGCGUGUGUGUGUGUGUGUGUGUGUGUGUGUGUCAUCUCUUUGAAUUACCACCAUGCUCCCUCCUUUGUGUGUGCAAGUCUACAUUUGUAAGAUAAUUGCUACCCGCGUGUUCAUGUCGGUACGUAAAUGCCCUCAAAAUCAGUUAUUGUCUCUUGGUGUGUGUGUGUGUGUCUGUUUUCCAGGCCUCUAGGCAAACCAUGUGAUUCAAUUGUUGGUGCUUUUGAAUCAAAACUCCUGUGCGGGCAUUAGAUAAAACGUGACGUUAGGCCCGAAGGUCCGGGUGAAAUCAUGCUGUUUGCUCCUGAGCCAUUCAUCAUGUGACUCCUCCCUCCUCCUUCCUCCAUGAAUCACUGGGAUAAUGUGGCACGUCUCUUUGUUUCUCCUCCUGCCUCCGAUGCUGCUGCCGCCGCCGCACGUGAUCAGUGGACUCUUUUCUAUUCCAGCAUCCCCUCGUCUCAGAUGUUCUACCUCGCUCUGUCUUAAUGAUCAUGUAUUAUCUUCCUCACACUGAUCGCCCUCCCUUUGGCCGAGCGGUGGGAGGAAGAUCUGCCUCUUUCCCCCCAUAAUGAUCCGUUUCACAUUAUUCCUCCCACUCUCCCCCUCGCUUUUUUUCUGC